UUGAACAGCGAACAAACGGGCUGUGUGGCUCCGGGAAGGCAGGCAUCCUGCUUUUCUGCUUGUUGGGAAGAUUUCUGCUUUUGGGACAAGUCAAAUCACUUACUCCUCCCAACUGCCUUGGACUGAUAGCACAAAAAUCCCCUCUUUUAGGGGCAGGGAAUUCUGGGGUCUAAAGUGGGGCACAGCUCAUCCAGAAUGAUAACUUCCUUGCUGUGGUUCUCCCUCCCGUGCCUGGUGCAAGCCUUUGAGAGGCCUGAGAGAUGGACCAACAAUGGAAGUUUGGACGGAGACUUUGGGAUCCCCAAUGUGUCCAGCUUUUUCCCCUGGGGCAACUACUCAUUUUCAGAUUGGCAGAACUUUCUGGGCAGAAAGAGAUACGGGGCAGAAUCUCAGAAGCCUAUGGUGAAAGCUCUGCUCAUUGUGGCAUACUCCUUCAUCAUUGUCUUUUCUCUCUUUGGAAAUGUCCUGGUCUGUCAUGUUGUCAUCAAGAACCAGCGAAUGCAAUCAGCCACCAGCUUGUUCAUUGUCAACCUGGCAGUAGCUGACAUAAUGAUAACCUUGCUUAAUACUCCCUUCACUUUGGUCCGCUUUGUGAACAGCACAUGGAUAUUUGGGAAGGGCAUGUGCCACAUCAGUCGAUUUGCCCAGUAUUGCUCCCUCCACGUCUCAGCCCUGACCCUGACAGCAAUUGCUGUGGACAGACACCAGGUUAUCAUGCAUCCUCUGAAGCCCCGAAUCUCCCCUACAAAAGGGCUCAUCUCUAUUGCCAUCAUCUGGAUCAUGGCCACCUGCUUUUCCCUCCCACAUGCCAUCUACCAAAAACUGUUUACCUUCAAAUACAGUGAAGAUGUCAUCCGCAGCCUGUGCCUGCCAGACUUCCCAGACCCAGCAGACCUCUUCUGGAAGUACCUGGACCUGGCAACCUUCGUUUUGCUUUACAUCUCACCUCUUCUCAUCAUCUCCGUGGCCUAUACCCGCGUGGCCAAGAAGCUUUGGCUGCGCAAUGCCAUCGGCGACGUGACCACGGAGCAGUACUAUGCCCUCCGGCGCAAAAAGAAGAAGACCAUCAAGAUGCUGAUGCUGGUGGUGGUGCUCUUUGCCGUCUGCUGGUUCCCCUUGAACUGCUACGUGCUCCUCCUUUCCAGCAAGACCAUCCGGAGCAAUAAUGCCCUUUACUUUGCCUUCCAUUGGUUCGCUAUGAGCAGCACCUGUUAUAAUCCCUUCAUCUACUGCUGGCUCAAUGAGAACUUCAGGUCUGAGCUGAAGGCUUUGCUGAGCAUAUGCAAAAAGGCACCCAGACCUCGAGAACAUAUACUUCCUCCCACUGUUCCCUCUUACCGGGUGGCUUGGCCAGAAAGUGGCAACUGCAAGAGGCUGCAGGGCCCUCACAACCUCCCAACUGCCUCCAAUGUCCAGUCAGCUAAGACAGAUAUCUCCUCUGUAGAGCCUAUUGUGGCAGUGAGUUAAAGGAGAACGAGGCAAUGAUGAAAUAGAAGGAGCUCCAAGGGGUGUGUGAGAAGACUGAGAAGAAAUCCAGAAAGCUAUGCUGCCCCUUUGCCUCAGACACCCAAAUCUGGAUGUGAAUAAGGGUCAAUUUAGGCAGGUACUUCCUGGAGAGCAUUAGCUAAGUAUCAAGUCCCAACUCAUGUAAAUAUCUAUUUGUACGUACCAUCUCCUGCACACAUUUCCAGUGGCUCUCCAACCAAACCAGAUCUGGUGUUCAAACUUUGAGGCCAUCUGGAAAGGACAUGAACUGCAUGUAUGAGAUGGAUGCCUAUGUGGGAGGACUGACUACUUGUAGUCUUGGAGGAAAUCCUGGAUUGACUGAGCAGGACAGAUGUCUGCAUGGAGCCAUCUCAAUGAGUCUAAGCAGAAAACAGGAUUAAUGGUUUUUAUUCAACCAUUAGCAACUUUGGUGGAGUAAGUGGAGCCUAUUUGCAUCUGAUGCCAGGGGAGGGGAAAGAAGAUAAGGGAUCUCCUUACUUAAUUCCUACCUAAAUUGUGGAGGAAGAAGGUAGGGGAGAACAAAUCAACAAGCGAUUGCUCUGUUCCCUUCUCCCAGGAGCCUUUUCUAUCAGGACAGAUGAAAAGAGGAGGAGCAGAAGAGACCCAGGCAAAGAAAUUUGCAACUGUGUGGUGGUUCCCUGAAGCAUCUCAUAGCAACCGAGAUGGAGAAGUCUCUAAGUAGCUCAAGUGUCUUUCUCUUAAGUUUGUAGAAAAGAGUAAUGAGUGUGAGUAAUGAGGCUCAAAUGGGAGGAAAAAGAAUUUGUCUUUAUCAGCCAUAUAGGAAGGAAAGGGGGUUGAGAAAUGCUCCACUUUCAAAGGAGAAAAGGGAUACAGUUUCUGAGAAACCACAGAGAGAAAAAUUCCAUUAUCUCCCUAGCUGUUUAGCCAGAUUAUAGCUCCUUGGUCUUUAUCUAGCAUUUUUAUCCAGUGCUAUGGGAAAAUUAUUACUUCUAGCAGAUUUUUGAAUGAGCUCACACAGCAGUGCCAAUCAAGGCUAGCAAUGUCUCAUAUGCCACUUAAAAUAUGUGUGUGCUCUUACCAGCCUCCUCAAGGAUCAUCUUUGGGGGCAUCUUGGUUAAACACGUUCAGGACGUACCAUUUAGCCUAGAGAGACUCACAGUGCCAUCAAGAAAAGUGAAGUGUUGAUUGGGGUUAUGUUGUGUGCAAUCAGUUUGUUGUGGGGGAUUAAUGCACAUAAACUGUGGCUACUAUUCGACUGAUUUCUUACCCUAUGGUGGAGUUUUAAAGUAUAACUUGGAUGGGGCUGGAAAAGCAGUCUGAUUGAAUAGACUUUGUUAUUAAUGAAACUGAACCAGUUCAAAGGAUAGAUUUUCAAAGAGCAGGAAGAGGAAGUGAUUUCUAUAGCACUUGUCAGAAGGCAGAGCAUUCUGAUUCAAGGAAGCUGAACAACCUGAGCUGUUUCAGCCUUGAGACUGACAUUGCUCGGGUCACUGCACCUGAAGUUUGAUGUGACAGCUUCCUUUGUGUUGCAGUGGAGAAUUCUCCAAAAUGAGGGUCCCAAAGAGCAGAGGAGAGACUGAAGAUCUAGCUUCUCAGAUGCCAUGUCCUUCUACAAGACAUGUUUCCUGAACUCUCUUCCACUCUUAACUACUCUCUCCUUCCCCCAAGAUUAUUUUGUAUUUACUUUGUAUAUUCUUUGUGUUCACUUAACUCUGUAUAUGGCUCACCCUCUGCCACUCAUAGGACUCUUGAGCAAGGUAGCUCCAGUCAAAUGAUACUAUAUUCCUUAUGGAUAGCAAAAUCUCACCUUUCACCCUUGAAAUCCCAAUGACACAGAAUCCCCAGCUGCCUAAUUGAAAACCACCCCUUCCCUUGCUGCCACUUCCUGUUCACUUAUUACCAUCUACUUCUAUUCUACCCCUUACCUAUACCAAUUCAGUUCUAGCUUGUCCUUCCAUUUUGCCUUUUGGAUUCCCAAUUCUGUCAUUAACAAACUUCCUGUUAUCUUCAAUCUCGUCCCUUAGUGAUUCCUCCAAGCCCUGAAAUUCACAAAAGUCUGGUCCCCUACAAAAGCAUCCCUGGCCAUCUUUUCCAAGACUGAUGACAUCAUCUCUUGUCCCUCCAGGCACCCUGGUCCUGAAGGGCAAGUUGGUAUGCUUCUUGUUCUACCACCAAUCCUCUUCUGAUCCUCUACUCCUAGAUGCUGAUGUGUCUCUCCUGAAAUUACCAUGUACUUAUUUUGUGAAUAUUUUGCAUAUACUUAUCUGUAAACAUGCUAUCUCCUCUGGUAAAAUGAAAUCCUCUGUCCCGGAGGGCAAGGAUUGUUUCAUUUUGUCUUUGUAUCCCUACUACCUAGUACAGUGUCUGACAUACGGUAAAUAUUUGUAGAUCAAUUGAUGUUACCCCCCUCCUCUAAGAAGAACAUAAGUUUCUUGAGGGCAGGAACUAUUUCAAUUUUGUCAAUUUUGUCAUUUGUGCCUGGGACAAAGAAGGUACCUAAUAAAUUCUUGUUCCCUUGGGUUGAAUUUGUCCUAUUGUGGAUCCCGAGACUUGCCCUUUUCUUUUCUUUUCUUUUAAGUGUAAGGGUACAGUCUACCUGAGGUGCCAAAUGGACUUUCUCUAUGUUGGUGAUGUUAGUAGCAUAUCCAGUAUAGAUACAUCUUCUCAGAGAGACAUUCUGGCCAAGGAAAAACCGUCCAUUUUAUGUCUGUAAAUGUGAUUUCACCAGAAUGGGAGUUCCCCACAGAAGUACUAUGUGGCCAUUGUAAAAUAUAAUUUAAACUCAGACGCUUGAAUCACAAUAAAAUUUGAUGCACUGGC